AUGUCGUUGCAAUCAGCACGCGGCAUUCAUGAUGAAGGCUAUUUCCAGGACAUGCUGGUUGCUGUUGGCUUGGCCAAAAGCUGCACUCCGCGAAAAACCGGGGCAGGCAGUCCUAUGAGGGGUUUGCGACGCAUCAAGACAAGCGGUCCACAAACUCACAAGCUCCCUUUUGGAGUAAUGUGGACAAUCACAUUGAUCACAGCCGUCACCAUGGCGGUCAUAAAUUUCUUCACCAUUUGGAUCAUAUCUUUUGCGGUUGAGUGGAAGUUCAACACGCUGCAGGCGAUGGUCGACAAUUUGGGGGUUUGGUUUGCGAUCGUGGGGUUUACCGGAAUUUGUUCUUGCUUGGCUUUAUGUUGCACGCUCUUCAUUCACACCUGCGCACCUGCCGCCGGUGGCUCUGGAGCUCCUGAAAACAAAGGCUUCCUCAAUGGGAAUGAGAUGCCCGAGCUGUUUACCUUACAGAACUUGGUCGGGCGUGCUAUCGCCACAAUGCUGGCAAAUGUCACGGGUUACCCGGUUGGUCGUGAAGGGCCGACGGUAACUAUGGGAAGCAAUUUGGCAUACCUCAUCACGUCCGGGAUGGCAUUGCCCUUUGUGCGCCAGUGGGUUGACGUCGAUGCGCCUGGCUCUGCUACUUCCGCAGCGACUAUGAUCGAUGAGGACCGCUUUGAGCACGCCAAGCGCAUCGUAUGCACUGUCGGAGGAGCCUGCGGCAUGGCCAUGUUGUUCGAUUCACCAAUCGGAGGAAUCGUGUACAUGUUUGAGGAGAUCACUUCCUCCUCAUGGCCCGUGGAGGUGACCUUCCGGGCAUUUGCCGGAACUUGUGUGUGCGCUUUGCUCUCUAGAGCAUUGCUGAACAUGUGCGGCACCUCCACGAAGGCCUUCGUGGUCUACGAGUGGAACCCGCAGCCACAGGGAUGGAGCUGGCGAGACGUUCCCUUCUUCAUCCUUCUAGCGGUUCUCAUUGGACCUUUCAGCGCCUUCCACACGCGCGCCUGCCUUGCUGUAGCCAGUGCGAGGCAGAAGCUCAUGUCCAGACUUGCAGCCUACAAUCCCUACAGCAAGAUGGCCGAUGCUGUUCUGUAUGGUGGCCUCGUGGCAUUGACCUACUCAUUGGUGGCCUUAUCAGCAAAUUGUAAGCACACGGCGCAAGAUGCCGCCGAAUUUGUGCGCUACGAUUGCGAGGAGGGAAAGUACAACCCCGUGGCCUCCCUGUUGCUCACCACCUCCGAAGGAGCUGUGAAGCGAUUGUUUUCCAGGCAUGACGCCAACGAGAUCCACUUCAGGAACGAACUACUGGCCUUCGUGUCCUACACGAGCCUCAACAUUGGACUGACAGGCGUGCCCGUGCCGUCCGGAAACUUCACAGGCUCCAUGCUCAUCGGAGGGCUGAUCGGUCGGAUGAUGGGGGCCCUGGUUCGAGACUACGGCAAGCCUGGAAUGGCAGUGUCCGGCGUCUACGCGAUGGUUGGAAGCGCCUCGAUGUUGGCAGGCUUCAAGCAGAUGGCCGUAGCGGUCGUUGUGUUCAUCACAGGAGCCGCCAACGACCUUGGGCUGAUUCCGCCAUUGAUGCUGGCGGUGACCAUCGCACUGCUUCUCAACAAGCUUAUUAAUGAAAGGGGCUUCGAUGAGGAGCAGAUCUUGCGGAAAGCAAUCGCGUAUUUGCCGGCAGAGCCUCCCCGGUUGUUGGAUCGCACGGUGGCCCUAGAGCUUUGCGAUGAUCUACCAUCGGAGGCAGUGCUGGCUCCGGAGGUGGAUUUCCGAGCAAUCAAGGCUGCGCUAGAGCAGGACAAGGUGGACUGCUUCCCAGUCUUGAAGGAGGGCGGUCAUUGCAUAGGUUUCACAACGCGGGCGCGCCUGCAGGCAGCGAUGGAGGUCUGGGAGGCUUCUGGCUUCAUCGAUUCUUCCGAUCGCGGAGCCGCCCUGAAGGAGGCCGUGUCUGAUGCGGGUGGCGAGCAGAUGGGCAAGCUGGUUUCCGCCGCCGUCGCGAGGGAAUCGAGUUUCACGGGCAACGUUCUGCCAGUCAAGCGCCUGACCGAACGGGCUCCAUAUACCAUCCUCGAGGACAUGCCUGGGCCUCGGCUCUACACACUCUUCGCGAAGGCGGGUGCCAAAGCCGCCUGCGUAAUCUCCGAGCGAGGAGAGUUCAAAGGCAUGAUCUCCAGAAAAGGCCUCAUCGAGACUACUCGCCGGUACGAGGAGGCCAGCGACGAAGGUUUAGACGAGACUCUUGGGGAUGAUGACGAGGAACAAAGUUUGGUCGUCCCAGCCUAA